AUGGAUCUAGCUACAGUAAUCGAGCAACAACAAGCAGCAAUUGCCGAGUUGAGGAAGGCAAUUGCGAACGUAAAAAAGGCUCCAUUGGAAAGAAGAACGGUGGAGUUCUACAGCAAAAAGCUCAAGGAAAUGGAAGCACUCUGGGCAGAGAUCGAUCGCAAUGAAAACAAAAUUCGUGCAGAUCCUGCGGCAGAGUCACAUCUCCAUAUCACCAAUAACGAAUACCAAGUCAUUGGUGAAGAGUACAGAGCUGCAAUCGACAACAUCGAGGCAGACAUCAAAAGGGGCAAAGAACAAAUGCCUCAGAAACCGCUUCCCGCAACAAGGGAGGGGGUGCAAAAACAAUCAGGCCAGUUUACUGCAACCAGCAGCGUGACUGCAUUAGUGAGACGUCAGAGGGCUCUAAUGCAGUCCAUACAAACAUUAAUAAGGGGCAAUUCAGGCCAAGCUGCUCCCUGUCAGACAGUGGCUGCAAUUGAAAAACUGUGGACACACGUGGAAGAUAUCCACUUCAAAAUGUUCGAGGACUUUGAUGACCCAACGUUGGUGGGGUACGAUGCAUCAGCCUACGUUCUCUUAGAGGAAGAGACGUUAAAGUUCAAAGAAAAAAUAUCGACGCUAACACAGGUCGAUCAUUCGUCGUCUCAGCAGAGAUCAGGCGGAAACUUGGCAAAUCAAGUUAAUCUGCCAAAAAUUACAAUCCCUCAAUUUAAUGGGGAUUAUUCGAAGUGGCAGACGUUUGCUGACAUUUUUGGGAAAAUGAUCAACGAGCAAGCCUUGCCACAAGUGCAAAAAAUGUGGUAUCUCAAGGCCAACGUGACUGGGGAAGCCGAGAAACUCAUAAGGCACCUCGAGUUGACCGAGGCGAAUUACGACAUUGCCUGGAAGACACUCCAAGACAGGUACAAUAACAAGAGAGCUCAAGUGUCAACUAUACUUGAGAGAAUGCUAAACCUGCCCAACAUGUCUGGCGAUAGCAGAUCAGUGAAGGACUUUCAUGAUAGUCUUCAUGAAUCGUUAUUGGCAUUGGAGGGUCUUGGAGUAAGGCCAAAGGAAUGGGAUCCACUCUUAAUCCACAUCCUAACAAAGAGGAUGGACAAGACUACUCAUGUGUUGUAUGAGCAGUCGAUUGUAGAUUCGAAAGAACUCCAAACGAUGGAUCAUUUCAUGAAAUGUUUGAGGAGUCGUUUCGAAUCAUUAGAAGCUGUCAAUGGGAUUCAGAAGAGCAAACCGUCAGCAACGACUACUUCCACCACGAUCCGUAGAUGUCACAUGUGCAAAGGUGACCACCCCCUAUAUUACUGCAAACAGUUCUUGGCAAUGACAGUGCCCGAAAGACAGAAAUGGGUUGCUAGACACAAGAUGUGUCUAAAUUGCUUCAAGGAUGACCAUCAGGCAAAAACGUGUACAAGUGGGAAGUGCAGGAAGUGUCAACAAAAACACAAUACACUUUUGCAUUUUUCAACGAGGCCACAAGUAGAGAACAAGUCAGCAGAUUUGUCGGUUCAACAGCCGCCAACAGUAGCAUCGGCGAAUAGAUCCCAAUCAUACGUACUUCUUGCAACCGCACGUGUUGCGAUCAAGGCAAAUAAUGGAAGAAGCUAUGAGUUUAAGGCGAUUCUGGAUUCCGGUUCACAAAUUAAUCUGGUGUCAGAGCGACUAGUGCAGAGGUUGGGUAUCGAACCCAUUCAAACAUCUCUCUGUAUCGAAGGUGUUGGAGGUAGAUCAAGAACCGCAAACCACAGGGUCAACGUGGAGCUUAAGUCACUCACCAGCAAAUUCAGAACACGCCUAGAAGCCUUUGUGUUACCAAAUAUAGUGCCACCCCAACCAAGCACUGAGAUCGACAUCACAUCAUGGCCUAUUCCAGAAAACAUAAAACUAGCAGAUCCCUAUUUUUAUCAAACGACCAGGAUUGACGUACUACUUGGAGCAGAGUUCUACUUCAACCUGAUUCUCUCACAAGAACUUCGAAUGUCCAAAGAGCUUCCUAUAUUGAAGAACUCAAAACUAGGAUGGAUUGCUAGUGGAAGAGUUCAGGCUGAAUCAGAAACUGUGACAUGCGCCGUUUUCGGAGAAGAUGAACAUGCUUUAGAAGAUUUAUUAAAGAUGUUCUGGGAACAAGACGAUGUUUGUGAAGACCAGAAGUUGACAAUAGCAGAGGAACAGUGUGAAAAUCACUUCAACCAAAAUACAACAGUGAAUGAGAAUGGUCGGUUUGUGGUGCGAUUACCGUUUGCAGACGGCCCUGAGAAAAUUUCUGAAUCCUUGAAUAUUGCAGCAUCAAGAUUCUUUGCGUUGGAACGUCGCUUAUCUAAGGAUGCAAGUCUUCACGAGCAGUAUGCUAAAUUUAUGAAGGAGUAUGAGGAUCUGGGACAUAUGACGAAAAUACAAUCAAGAGAGGUGCGUGGUAAUCAUUACUAUAUCCCGCAUCAUUGUGUCCUACGCCCAAAUAGCAGCACAACAAAACUGAGGGUUGUGUUCGAUGCGUCUUGCAAGUCAUCAUCUGGAUGGUCACUCAAUGAUAUUUUGCAUUCAGGUCCCAGGGUUCAAGGAGAUCUGUUUGGAAUGCUGUUGCGGUUUAGACUGCCGAGAUUUGUGUUUACAACAGACAUUGAAAAGAUGUACAGACAAGUGCUAGUCGACAAAAGAGAUCGCAAAUAUCAACUAAUCGUAUGGAGAAACACUCCAGACAAGGAACUCGAACAUUACAUGUUGAAUACGUUAACAUACGGUACGACGUGUGCCCCAUAUCUUGCUACAAGAUGUCUGAAAAGGCUAGCAGAUACGAACAUACAAAGAUAUCCAUUGGGGGCGAUGGUAUUGCAAAAGAAUUUUUACGUUGACGAUUGCAUGUGCGGGUCUGACAGUUUAACAACGGCAAUUGAGAUGCAGAAACAAGUUAAUAUGUUACUACUGGAAGCUGGAUUUAGACUACGAAAAUGGUGUGCUAACCACUUAAAACUGCUGCAUGGAAUUCCUCCAGAAGAUAGAGAAGUAGAUCUCAAUUUUGACAAAUCAUCAACCAAGGUUUUGGGAUUAACAUGGAUUCCUCAAGCAGACCGAUUUUGUUUGAAGAGUGAUGUGAACGAAUGCACCAAGGUCACCAAGCGGAAGGUCACAUCUGAUUUGGCAAGAUUGUUUGACCCCUUAGGAAUUGCGGGUCCUGUGGUGUCAGCAGCUAAGAUCUUUAUUCAGCAACUGUGGAAGAAUAAACUUGGCUGGGACGAGGAACUGCCAGCAGAAAGGGCAGCAUAUUGGCUAUCGUUCCGAGAAGGUCUGAAGAUGUUAAAUGAUUUCAGGCUACCCAGACACAUGUUUGAUGGAGAGAAACCAACAAAAAUUGAGAUACAUACUUUCGUGGACGCGUCAGAAAAGGCAUAUGGUGCUGUGGUGUAUCUUCGAGCUAUGCUGCCAGACGGCAGGCAUAUAGUCAGACUUCUUUGUUCAAAAUCAAAAAUAGCACCAAUAAAGGAGAUCACGCUGCCACGGUUAGAGCUUUGUGCCGCUGAAUUGGGAACAAAACUUACUGCUAAGGUCAAAGCCGAAUUGGGUUACGAAGAUCUAAGGACUAUUUAUUGGUCAGACUCAGAGAUUACAUUGUACUGGAUCAAUUCAGAACCAUCAGCUCUAAAGACGUUCGUUGCCAACAAAGUAAAAAAUAUACAAGGCAGAUCGAUAAACACUCAAUGGCGACAUGUGGGGACGAAGGAUAAUCCUGCCGAUUAUAUAUCCAGAGGUAUGAAACCAGAUCGUCUGUCGGGAUGUCUGAUGUGGUUUUAUGGACCCACGUAUCUACAUGGAAAUGAAUCUCUCUGGCCGGGGCCCUUCUCAAAGAAUAGAGAAAAUCAAUCCGAUCUUGAAUUCAAGACAAAAUCUACAGUAUCAGCAAUUGCCUCACAGAGUGGGUUACAGGAUAUGAUCUAUGGAAUCAACCACAAGGGUUCAUUUAGACGAUUACAACGUAUUGUCGGUUAUGUCCUGCGAUUUUCAGAAAGGAUAAAGGGACGCAAGCAUGGAAGUUCGACAGAUGUAUUGACACCUAUGGAGUUGAAUCAGGCGAUGCAACUAAUAGUCAAGACCGUACAGGUGGCAGAUUUUGCGAAAGAAAUUCAGCAAUUGAGGAAACAUGGAGCAUUGGACAAAUCAAGCUCCAUACAUAGUUUAACUCCGUUUCUUGAUGACAGAGGAAUACUUAGAGUCGGUGGCAGGUUGGAAGAGGCAACCUUAGCAUACGACACAAAACACCCGAUGUUGUUACCAUACAACGAUCCAAUUGUGAAACUCACUCUUAGCAUGAUCCAUUUAGAGAAUAGCCACUGUGGCUCACAACUAUUACUGGCAACAUCAAGACAAAAAUAUUGGAUAAUCAAGGGGAAGGCUAUGGCUCGCAACAUUGUGCAAAAUUGCGUAAGGUGCACCCGGGCGAAGCCAAAGUUAUACAACCAAAUCAUGGGAAAUCUCCCACCGAGCAGAGUCACACCAGCAAGGCCGUUUAUUGUCUCCGGCGUUGACUAUUGCGGACCGUUAUGGGUCCACUACAAAAUACGAGGCAAGAGACCACACAAGGUUUACAUCGCUGUCUUUGUCUGCUUCGCAACAAAGGCUGUACAUUUGGAAGUAGUUACAGACCUAACAACGGAAGCAUUCAUUGGAGCAUUGAAGAGAUUUAUCUCUCGGCGAGGAAAAUGUCAAACCCUAUAUUCAGACAACGCGACUAACUUUGUAGGUGCUAAAAAUCAGCUCGAUGAAUUCAAUAAGGCUGUCUUUGGGGAGAAAGGCAAAGAAAUAAUAGCGGAGAGGUGCUCAAGAGAAGGGAUCGAUUUCCAGUUUAUUCCCCCAAGAGCACCACAUUUUGGUGGCUUAUGGGAAGCCGCGGUGAAGUCAGCCAAGCAACUGUUGCUUCGCACCACUAAUAGUGCAUCAUUAACCCACGAAGAGUUGGAAACAGUUGUUAUUGAAAUAGAAGCAAUCCUGAAUUCCCGACCGUUGACUCCUAUUUCUGACGAUCCAAAUGAUCUAGCUGCAUUAACACCUGGUCAUUUUCUUGUGGGAGAACCGUUAACGGCACAGGUUGACCCAUCAGCGAACCAAUCGUCAACAUCAUUGACAAGCAGAUGGAAGGUCGUAUCUCAAAUUAGGCAUGAGUUUUGGAAACGUUGGUCCACGGAGUACUUAAAUACUCUGCAAGAAAGAAGGAAAUGGAGUACACCAUCUCCAAACGUGGAACCUGGUCAAUUGGUCAUUAUUAAGGAAGAUAACAUGCCUGUAAUGCAGUGGCCGCUAGGCAGAAUAACCCGAACAUAUAAGGGCAACGAUGGAGCCGUUCGUGUAGUCGACGUAAAGACACAAAACGGCGAAAUUAAAAGAGCUAUAACCAGAUUAGAUCCUUUAUGGAAAAAGGAAAAGGAACCUCUUCCGCCUAUAGAGACCAAGAGUAGGAGUGAAGAGCCAUCUCCAAAGCGAUUGAAGACGUCAAGCAGCAUGCUAGUAUCGAUGAUGCUUGUGGCUUUACUAUUUUUACCUCUAUGCUUGUGUCAUUCGUUCAACAUACACAAGUUUGAGAAUAAGCCCGGCAUCUAUUUUGAAGGAAUUGGAAUCACAAAAGUAGUAACAGCAGAGUGGAAACUGAUCACUUAUUAUGAUCUUUCCCCAUUUUGGGCAGAUAUGGAUGGCUUUUCUACCGGGAUAGGAACCCUUCAGAAGUUGUGUAAGAUAGCAGUUGAGAACAGAAGCUGUGAGAUACUUUCAGAAAAUCUUAUUCAAGUACAAAGGCAGUUGGAAUCAAAUACACUGAACAUAUUCCCCAGGCGCAUCAGGAGAGGAGCUCUAAACAUAGUCGGGAACCUCGCACACUCGUUAUUUGGUGUCUUGGAUUCGGAAUAUGCGGAGCAAAUGACUGUGACAAUUGAGAAGGCAAAUGAAGACAAGCAACAUUUGUUGGAUCUUCUAAAAAAUCAGACAUCUAUUAUUGAUUCAACAAUCAACAUAAUUAGAAAGGACGAAGAUACGAGCCAAAGGAACUUCGGCAACAUGCAAGUGGAGAUGAACCUUUUGGCAAAUAAGGUGAAGAAAGAAGAAGAUGUUGUAAAGACAACACAAUCAAUUAUGUUUCUCACUUCACAGCUCAUGCUACUUUCAUCAAGGUUGAAACAUAUAGAAGAUAACUUAAUCGACGUUUUAACGGAUGCUCAUCAUGGUCGGAUAAGUCCGUUGCUACUUACGCCACAUCAAUUGCUACAAGAGCUCCAAACCAUCAAGGCUCACAUUCCUCCAUCUCGUGCUCUACCCGUUCGCGAAGAUAAUGUUUCGGAUUUCUUCAAAUUAAUGAAGAGUAAGGGAAGGGUUAUUAAGAACCAUAUCAUAUUCGAGAUUCGCCUUCCAUUAGUGGAUCUCCAGCAGUAUGAUUUAUUCAAAAUGAUCCCCGUACCUAUGCUACGAUCCGGUCGAUUUAUUUCAAUAGCUUUGAAAUCAACAUUAUUGGCAGCUAACGUCCAUCGGGAUGAGUUCAUAUCACUAACCGCAGAAGACAUGAACAGCUGCAUACAUACCACAAAUGACGUUUUUAUUUGCGACAACCAAGCGAAAUUUAGCAAAGGCGAUCGAUCACAUUUAUGCGAGUAUCAAACCGCUUGUUGA